AUGGCAUCUAGAUGCGGAAAAUUCCAAACUAUUAUUGAAAUGAUGGUGGUGCCCAAAGUACUGGAAGACCAACCAAACGCGCAGAUGAAACCCGAAUCAAUAAAGGUGCCAACCGGACUUACGUUGGCAGAUCCAACGUUUUACAAGAAAAGAGGAGUGGAAAUAUUACUCGGAGCGAGAAUAUUCUCCCAAAUCUUGGGCCCCAGGUGUACUAAACUGGAAACCGGCCCUACCUUUCAAGAAUCAGCACUCGGAUGGCUAGUAGGAGGACUAGUCUCUACGCACAUUAAACCAAAGGCCACCCUAGCAGUAGUAUCUGUGAAAGUGGAAAACCAUGACGAACGUGAUGACGAGCAUCACGAUGAACUAGAUUGCCUAUUCAAGCAAUUUUGGAACCACGAUGCAGUUAGUGCAACUAACUCAAACUCAAAUGAAUGCGAAGAUCAUUUUCGCAUAAACACUACGGUAGGCUCGGAUGGAAAAUUCAUCGUCCGAAUUCCUAUGAACGGAGAGCCCGAACUACUAGGGCUUUCUUAUCAACAAGCUAAAAGACGCCUUCUAUCACUAGAACGACGACUCAUUAUGAACCCUGAUCUGUAUGAAGAAUAUCGAGAAUUCCUUAGAGAAUACCUAGAGUUGGGCCACAUGAAGCUCAUAUCACCAAACGACCUGGCCAAAGUCCAGUACUUCAUACCACACUCCUGCGUAAUAAAAGCAGAGUCCACUUCCACGAAAUUAAGAGUGGUGUUUGAUGCUAGCGCUAAGACAUCAAACAACCGAUCAUUGAACGACCUGCAAAGGUGCGGGCCAGUGAUUCAGCGAGAUUUAUUUGAUCUGCUGCUGGAUUUCAGAUGCCACGACAAGGUGGUAACAGCCGAUAUUGCCAAAAUGUACAGGCAAAUCAACGUCCAUGACGAUGACACGUGGAUGCAAUGCAUCCUGUGGAGAGCACAAACCAAUGAAGAGAUUCAAGCAUACCGCUUGACAACUGUAACGUACGGAGAAGCCGCUUCUUCCUUCCUGGCCUGCCGGGCGCUUUACCAAACAACCUCAUGA